GCUCCAUGUUUGUGGCAAAAGUUCUAUUUGAAACUGGCAGGCUCCCCAGGCUACAGCUGGAGGAUGAAGCACAACUUCCCUGUAUGGGAACCUUCUAACCUUAUCUGGAGUUCCCGGGAUUCAGGACAUGAGGUACUUCAUUCCUUUACCGACGCCAUUUUCGAUGAAUGGAUGAAAAGAUCCAAUCCUUCUGUGGAUGCCUGGCCUCAGGAGCUGGCACCCAUUGGUCACAAUCGGAUGUAUAACAUGGUUCCUUUCUUCCCUCCGGUGACGAAUGAGGAAUUCUUUUUAACUGCAGACCAACUCGGCUACAGCUAUGCCAUCGAUCUGUCAGUUGAAGAAACUCGAGGUUGGACCACAACCCUCUUGGUGGUCAUAGGGAUGCUGGUGGCUUUGGUUGGUGUUUUUGUGGUGCUGUUUUUCCUUCAGUACAGAAGACUCCGAAAAGGCUACACACCCCUAGUGGAGACACAUUUAAGCAACAAGAAGUACACAGAAGAAGCCUAGAGAGCUCACGCCUUCCUCUGGAGAGGCACCAGCCAAGCCGUAGGUCUGACCCUGCCGAUGAACAAACUAUUACUCAGUGUUCUUCCUUUAGCUGAAGACGUUUGACGCGGUCCCCCCUAUUAAGGUGAUCAUCCCCAAUACAGAAGAUGCUUAGCUGUAGUCUCUGGUCUACUCGUUGUUUAACAAACACAAACUGGAAUGUUUGAGGCUAUCUCUACCAUCAAACAAAGGUAGAGCUGACAAUUUGUGGUAUCUGAUAAUAAUUCCCCAUAUUGAUUAAGCCUCCUCAUGUUCUGAAAAGACAUGUGAGCGCGUGCACACACACACACACACACACACACAACUGAUAGAGCAGAUUCAUUUUAAUUUGCAGGUCCUUGUAAUUUGAGACCUGAGCAAGAUCAUGGUUCAUUUUUUCUUAGCCCAAGUGUCUUCAGUUGGAAUGGGGCAGGGGGUGGGGGUGGCAGAUGCUUCCUGAGUCUCCAUGAGGUUCGCUAUAAACAGCUGUGCUUUUAGAUGCCUUCCUGAUCAUCUUUCUGUGGCUUAUUUUUCUCCUUUCUGUGUCUUUUCUUCUCCAGCCUUUAAAACAGCCUUGAAGAUGAAAAUAGGCCUUAUUUUCCAAAUAGGAUGGAGAGUAAAGGAAGGAAUGAAUGAUCAGUUUGGUUCUCUUUUGUAAAUUAGACUUUCCAGAUUUUAUAAAAAUCUGUAGCUCUUAACAGGAGACAUGAUAUCAUGAGAUUCAGUAGCUGGAUAAACAUUGAUUCUAUAGUGAAAAAUAAAUGAGAGAUUAAAUUAUAGAGUUUUCUAGUUAACGAAUAUACUGUGUUAAAUCUACUAACCCGCAUAGAACCACUUCUUCCAGGAAAGGAUGGCUGAAAAAGGCUGUGAGGCUAGAAUCCUGGCAAUUUGAGUAGACUUCCAUUGCUCUGAGGUCUCAUUUGGCUGAUCCUGAACCAGUUUCUUUAUCAGGUAGCCUCAGAUGAAAAAUUAUCCAUGUAUAUUGCAGUUGGUUUAUUUUUAAGAGUUGACUUCCGAUUUUAUUAAUGCCACACUGUGCUGACAGUUACUUAUGAAUGCUAAUCAAUUAAGUCUUAUCCUUUAAAAGCAAACCAUCCAUACAAAAUAUAACAUUUCAGAAUUAAAUGGUUAUGUUCCACUAAGUAAUCAUCAUAUCAUGAGAGAUAAGAAUGAAGCCAUCUUUAUUUACUAAGAUGCUCAGGCUUACCGAGAUGAUCCCUACUUCUGAGAAGUUAGCGGUUACUGAGAUUGCAAGGUAAAUUUCAUCUGCUCAUAUCUGGUACCUGUGCUUCAGGGGUGAGGCCGUAGUUCUGGAAGGUAGCCUGUCUGUCCACUCAUUUCAGCUGCUCUCUACUGGAAUGGAUGUGUGUGAAGGAUGGGUGGGAAGGAGAAGAGGACCCUGGAGUUAGCUGCCUUCUACAUAGGAGGGAGGGGGCUAUAUGGUGCAUGAUUCAUCAAGACACAGUGUUAUCCCCCCAAAAUAAGACUGUGAAAGCCGGAGAAAUGGACAUAGCCCCAUCGGAACCAAAUUUGAGUCUGAGCGAGCCUCAUAAAGCUUAUAGGCAUAUCUGAGAGUGGGCUCAGCAGAUGAGAAUCAAAAUAGCCCAGAGUCCUUCAUGGGCCGAAGCCCUGCUUGGGUCUCUUUACCCACCCCCCGACACGUAGAUCUCAGUUCCUGCUUUUAACAGUAUCUAUGGAAAAUUUGGCAAAGUUUCAUGAGUGUACUCCACUCUGGAAGGUUUAUGUUCCAGACUCAGGGUUGUUGGGGAAUACAGUUUUACAUCCUGUUUUUAAACCAAAAGAGAAAUAUUGAAAUGAAGAUAUAAUUGUGCAUGGUAGGUGUGUCUCCGAAAAGUUACAUUUAAAUUAAUUACAUGUUAAAAGUAGCAGGGAAGGGGCACCUGGAUGGCUUAGUCUGCUGGGGGCCUGACUCCUGGUUUCGGCUCCGGUCAUGGUCUCAGGGUCGUGAUAGGGAGCCCUGCGUUCCACUCUGCCCUCCACUGGGAGUCUGCUUGAGAUUUUCCCUCUCCCUCUGCCCCUCCCACUCAU